AUGAUUUCCAAGGUCAUCAUAGCGCUGCACGUCAUCUUGACACUAGUCAUACUCGCGUUGACCGUCAGGAUUCUGCAGGAUGAGCAGAACGAGGAGAGUGGCAUAGUACAGAUUCUGCUACGGAAAGAAGCGCGGCGCUUUGUUCAGGUUCCUGAUGUGGUCGGAUCUAUCGCCACAGCGGUGAAAAGUGCGGCUUCCAGCGUGGUCACAGCCGCAGUUGCGUCGGGCGAGUCUCUAGUCGCCGCAAGCCUGCCGUCGCGCGUGUCGGUGGGCACAAUAGCCGCUGGUUUCGCGGUGUCGCUGUACAAGACAGCCGAGGCUGUGGCAGACCUCCUUGGUGUCGAGGCGAGCAGAGGAGACGUCUUUGAGGCAUCCCUAGCAGACUUCGUAGCAAGCUUGAUUAUGACGGCGCUCGUACUCGUGGAGAUCAUCCUUUGA